AUGGCGGUCUCACUGGAUGCUUAUCUUGAUCGUAUACGUAUACCAACUGCCAUGGAUAAAGUCUAUAAGGCUGAAUGUUGUUAUUCGUUUGAUACUCCGGUUAGCGAUGGUGGUUUGUACGUAUGCAUGUCCAAUUUUUUAUCAUUUGGAAGAAACUACGUUGAAAGAUAUUUUAAGAAAACUGGCCAUAACAUAUUUCUACAUUUAAAGAAAGUGGCCAAGCCUUUAAAUGAUGCUGAAUCUGGUGAUGAAAUUGAAAGUCCUCCUAAAAAGAAACCAAUAAGACUUGCUAUCGGUGUCGAAGGUGGUUUUGAUAUAAAUGUAAAGCAGGUGGAUUACGAAGAAAUAAAUAGUAUCGUUCUACUUCCGGAAUUUACCGUUAUUUCCUUGCCUAAUAACAAUUUGCCUGAAAAAAUUCAGUUCUGUAUCAUUGGUAUUUUAAGUGUCGAAUCAGCAUCUCUUACUAAUCAGAUUCAGUCAUGGGAUGGUGAAGAAAGAAAAACUAGCAUAUAUGCUGAAAAUUUGGUCCAACAUAGUGAUCCGAGAAGAAUACCUCCUAGCGGUUGGAAAUGCGAUGUAUGCGGCCUUGAGAAGAAUUUAUGGUUAAAUUUAACGGAUGGAAGUAUAUUAUGUGGACGUAAAUAUUUCGAUGGGAGUGGCGGUAAUGGACAUGCUGUGGAACAUUAUGAGAAAACAAAGUAUCCUUUAUGCGUUAAACUCGGAACUAUUACUGUGGAUGGAGCCGAUGUUUAUUCAUACGCCGAAGACGAUAUGGUGUUAGACCCUUAUUUAACGAAACAUUUAGAACAUUUUGGAAUCAACAUAACAUCAAUGCAGAAGACUGAGAAGACAAUGGCAGAAUUAGAAAUUGAUGCCAACAUGAAAUUACAAGAGUGGGACGUGAUUCAGGAAUCUGGACGUCAACUGCAGCCUCUUUCUGGUCCUGGUUAUACAGGGAUUAAAAAUCUCGGCAAUAGUUGUUACCUUAAUAGUGUAAUGCAAGUAGUAUUUUCCAUACCGGAUUUUCAAGCGAGGUAUUAUGAAAGAAUUAAUGAUAUAUUUGAAAAGAUCGAUCCUCAUAAUAUUCCGACUAAUUUGGAAGCACAAAUGGCGAAAUUUGGUCAUGGAUUAUUAUCAGGCUGUUACUCUAUUCCAUCCGAUACUGAUGGUAGUGAAGAACAAUAUGGGGUUACUCCUAUAAUUUUUAAAAAUUUAAUUGGUGCUGGGCAUAGUGAAUUUUCUACGGCAAUGCAACAGGAUGCAUCCGAAUAUCUGCUGCACUUAAUAAAUACCAUUGACAAGGAUGAGCAUAAAUUGAAAAGCAGCAGAAAUCCGAACGACAGCUUAAGAUUUGAGAUUGAAGAGAGAAUACAGUGCACUAAAAGUAAUAAAGUAAAGUAUACAUCGCGAACUGAAUACGUUUUAAGCUUGCCAAUUCCUCAAGAUAGUGCAACUAAUAUGCAGGAAUUCUUGGAUUAUCAGGCGAAACGAAAGGAGGCUGAAGCUCGAGGAGAAAAAAUGCAAGACAAAGAUGCUGUUCGCCCAAUAGUUCCACUUAUAUCUUGCUUCAAUGCAUUUGCUGAGCCUGAAUUAAUAUCAGAUUUUUUUAGCACAGCCUUAGGAGAGAAAUCAACUGCUUCAAAGACUGCGAAGAUAAAAUCAUUCCCAGAUUAUUUGUUUAUUCAAAUGAAGAAAUUCACUGUUGGGGAAGAUUGGGUGCCUAAAAAACUUGAUGUAAUCAUUGAUGUCGCCGACGAACUAGACUUAGCCGAAUAUAGAGGGACAGGAUUGAAAGCUACGGAAGAGCUUCUCCCAGAACCUAUUCAGGAACAAGCGGGUAAAUUUAAUCAUGACACUCAAGAGGAGCCAGCAAUUGAUGUUGGUGUUGUCAGACAAUUAAGUGAAAUGGGCUUCGCUUUUGAGGGAUGCCGAAAAGCUGUUUACUAUACAAAUAACAGUGGUGUCGAAGCAGCUAUGUCUUGGGUUAUGGAUCACAUGGGUGACCCCGACUUUGCUGAUCCCUUGGUCCUAAAAUCUAAUACUUCAAAAAAGACAACCUUUGUAGCUGAUGAAAAUGGCAUUGCAACAAUUAUAUCGAUGGGUUUUACUCAGGAACAAGCUAAUAAAGCCCUUAAAGCCACGGAUAACAGCGUUGAAAGAGCAGUUGAUUGGAUAUUUAGUCAUGUUGACGACCUCGAUAGUAUGGAUACCGACGAAAAUACUCAAGAUGAGACUGAAUCUAAGUCGAAAGUUAGAGAUGGCGGAACACGAUAUCGACUAGUUGCAUUUAUCAGCCACAUGGGUUCUAAUACAUUUUGUGGCCACUAUGUUUGCCAUAUUCUUAAAGACGGCAGGUGGGUAAUUUUCAAUGAUAGGAAAGUUGCAAUUUCCGAAGUACCACCCAAGGGACUUGCUUACCUUUACCUGUACAAAAGACUAUGA